CCUUUGACGGCAUAAUCAGGGAUAAGGAUUUUACUAAUGCUGGAGACAUCACACCAGGACUACCUCCAUCGUCCUGUCAUCUGCAUGCUUCAUCUCUGUCAGGCGCUGGUGUCCAUCCUUCUUCAGUAAAUAUUACGGGUGUUGUCAAACCUUACUCGUCCGAGAACCAUGGACGUCAUGUGAAUCACGCAAGGCGGAAGGCAAUCCUAAGAGGAAAUGGUCGUGCUGGCUUUCUGGUCGUUGCCAACGACCGUGAUGAGGAACGAAACAUGGCUACUGAUCCUAUAUGCUUCUCCGAGUCAUCACCUAAACAAGGACCUUCACAUCCUCUCUUUAAAAGCGGCCAGUUGUCUGAUACGUGGCUUAAUGCCGGAGGACUGCAGAAAGACGACCUCCUUCAGCCAGGAGGGGAAAUGAUUGCACAUGGAAGAAAGGUCCAAUUUCUGCAGCAGGAGAACAACUUGCAGUAUUGUGGUCAUUCUUUACUGCCUUACUCAAAGCAUCACCAACCCUCUGGUUGGCCUGCAAGUAACUUCCCUUCGAAUGAGAGCUCUUCCUCCCAACCUCAUGAGCAUACAGCACAAGAUAUGCUGUCCUGCACUGCUUCCCUUGACUCUGCUCAACUUGCUGCUCAAGGAAAGUCUCCUUUUCAUUUUCUAGAAGACAAAUCUGCAGCUUAUGCUGGAAUUGGAAGCAGCCUCCCCGAGUACCAGGUGGACCAGGCAGCACCACAGUAUGGUUCACAGUUGGCAUUGGAGCGAGUUAGCUCGGCCCCUGUUCCGAUCCUUCAAGAAGGCUUCCACGGACAUGCUUUUGAGGACUUUGACGAUGGGUUUGCUGCAGGUUUAUGGUCCAGCCACCCUCAGCAGGGAAUCUUAAUGGAUUCUAUGCAGGUUGAUGGGAGUCAGAAUGAAGCUGGCCAUGAAUCGGAGUUGUUAGCUAUUGCUGCUCUACCUGGGUCCAGCUACAUGGCUAUGGUGACUGGAGAAAAGGACAUUCGGGAUGCUGAUUGUACUCACUUAGGAGCGCAAUUACCGCUGUUUGAUGGCAAGAGCAGUGUUGCUGCUGGAGGUGGUGGUGAUGAUGACGACCCGAAGAAGACUGAAGUGGAGCCUGAAGCCAAGUCUGUACCGAAUAUGUCGUUCAUUCUUGAGGCUGCGCAAGAGUUACUGAUGGAGGUCUGCCGUUGCCCGAUACCAUCUCGCAAGUGGAGGCGAAGGCACGAUGGCAGCAGUUUCGGAGAUGGUACCGGUCAAAGGCCAUCACCAGUGUCAUCGUCUGUCUGUGGUGUGAGUGGACACGGACAGCUGCAGAAUAUCCCUAUCGGUGGCACAAGAGAGCAGGCACAAAGGCUUCGAGCCCUCCUCGUGGAUGUGGAGAAGUCAUAUGGAAAGUACAAGGAACAGAAUACAACCUUAGCUGCUGCGUUUGAUGCUGCCGCUGGCACAGAUGCUUUAUCCCUGCAGCUUGCUGUAUCAUCCCCACGGCCCACCUUCAAUCUUGCUAGUUGUUUUCGCAUUCACGUUCUUUGCAAGUGGGACACGCGUGUGGCUGCAGCCAAGGCGUUAGGGUACAUAGCUCGGAACACACCACAUCCCACAGUGCAGGACCUGCAGAUUGCUGCUUCCACUGUAUCUGGUGAUGAAGGAGCACUAGCAGCACGGAAUGGCACUGCUUCUGCAGCCCCUGAUGGCGAAGGUGCUGCACCAGCUGCUGCAGGAAAUGCUGCUGCUGGUGGCGGCUUGCGCUUCGAGGGCUUUGACAUUUGUCGUGUGUUGGACAAUGGAGCACCGCUUGUGGCAUCAGCUGGCAAGGAAUAUGAUAUUGCAGCAGUUGGGCGAGGGGGAAAGGAGGCGAUUGCCAAGCAGAAGCAAUCCCUACGACGGAGACUAGGUCUGGACGAGUGUGAGCGAUUCAUGGAUAUCACAGUAGAGCAGGUGGCAGCAGAGGGGGAUGACUGGGAGGAAGAGGAGGAGGAGGAGGGGGAAUGGCCCUUGCUGGCGCUUUGUGAACAACUGCUCACAGACAUGUUUCACCCAGUGUGGGAGGUACGUCACGGCAGUAUUCUUGCCCUCAGGGAGGUUAUGUCUGCGCAUGGGAACAGUGCUGCAGUUUGCCGCCCAAUAGUUCCUUCGAAGUGGGCCAGCGCCAAUGGGAAUGAGGAGAGAGAAGAUGAGAAGGGGAAGAUGGAGCUGGAAGUGGUGAAGGAGGAGGAUGAUGGCAAGACUGUACCAGAAAUGAGGGAGCCGGAUGUGGCUUUGGUCAAGGCGCCGAUGGUGAGGUCGGAAAAGGAGGAAGAAGGGGUUAACAAGGAAAUGGAGGGAGUGAAUAAUUGGGGAUUGGAGGGUGUGAAGCAGGAAGUACAAGAAGAGGAGUUUGUAAGUAAGCAAAUGGUAGCUGUGAAGAGGGAGAUUGAGGCGGAGACUUCUCCAAAGGCAGAGGUGAAAGAUGAGGCGAAAGGUGAAGAGGACGGAAUGAAAACGGGAGCAAAGGAGGAAGUGAAAGUAGAGGAUGAGAUGGGAGUAAUGGAGGGGCGACUGGAGGGAGUCAAGGGGGAGGCGAAGGCAGAGACGAAGGGAGGGAGUGGUGGCUGGCUAGGCCUCUCUAUGAGCUCUGAGACGCUUAAAGAAAGCAAUGGAGAGUCCGCAUCUGGGGGCAAGCUUGCUGCUACUGCUGGGGUGUGUGUGAAGGAGGAGGCAGGAGAAGGGGACGGGAAGGGGGAGGAGGAUAACCGAGCUGAACGAUCUGGAUUUGACUUGAACGAGUUGAUGGUCUGUAAGAGGGAGGACCCUGAAGCGAGUGUGACGAAUAAAGAGGGCGUCAUUAACCAAAAUUCUGGAGGGAGGGCGCGUAUGGGCUUGGACUUACAUCUUUCUGAUGGCAUGCAAUCAGAAGAGAUUGGAGAGGGGUCGGUGCGAAAUUUGGGGAAUGAAGGGAGUAUUGAGGAGAGUAAGGUAGAAGCCAAGACGGAUAGGAGUGAAGAGAAGAGCAAGUGUGAGGAAAGUGAGAAAGCUGUGGGAAAGGGGUUGGAUCUGAACAUGGAAGUUUCCGAUGAAGCAAAUGAGGGGAAACCUGUGGAUGAGGGGGAAGUGGCAGAGGAGAAGAGUGGAGAAGAGAAGGAGAGUGCGCUGGUGGUAGCACAACCUGUGAGGCCGGCGGAGAAAGGUGGAACGCCGACAAUGGAAUCUGCAAGGAAGGCACAGUUAGCUAUAGAAGCUGCCAGGAAGGCACAGGCGGAUAAUGAGCUGUUUUUGGAAGAUUGUGCCAUUCGGCUGCUGUGCAUCUUCGCUUUGGACAGGUUGGAAGACUUUGUGUCGGACCAGGUGGUGGCACCAGUGCGGGAGGCGUGUGGACAGGCGCUGGGAGUGGUGCUCAAAUACCUGCCCUCCAGGGCUGUUGCACGCACACUUGAUGUGCUGCUGCAAAUGCAGAACCGAUCAGAGUGGGAAGUGCGGCACGGGGCCCUGCUUGGCAUCAAGUACCUCAUAGCAGUGCGCCAGGAGCUACUGCCCUCCCUGCUGCCCUCUCUCCUCCCCGCCUGCAUCCGUGCGCUGCAAGACUCAGAUGAUGAUGUGAGAGCUGUGGCAGCAGAGGCGCUGCUGCCAGCUGCUAAGACUGUGGGGGAGGGCGUGGACGAAAGUGAUUUAAGGCAGCUGAUGCGGUUGCUGUGGGGGAUUUUAUCAGAACUUGAUGACCUCAGUCCAUCCACUAGCAGUGUCAUGACCCUCCUUGCUGCGCUGCAUGCCCUUCCUCGAGUUGCUGCCCUCUGGUCCGUUUCUCCGUCUGUUGAUGCUUCUGCUGAUGCUAAGCCCGCUGCUGCUGCGGCUGCUGCUGCUUCUGCUGGUGGACAAGUGGAGGACGAUGAGGAGUUGGGGGAAGAUGAAGACCUCGACGACAAGGAAGAAGAGGAGAAUCUAGCUAUAGAUGGGAUUAAACCAAAGAGCAACAAAGAUGCUGCUGCCGGCACUGCUGCUGUUGGUGCCGGAAGGGACUCUUUGCCGCCCUUAGUGGUUCUCGUCCGUCGAUUAUGGCCGUUGAUGCGACACACCAUCUCUGCUGUCCGACUUGCUGCUGUUUCCACUCUCGAGAGGCUCCUUCAAUCCACUGGCACCUUGUCAUCAGAUUCCAGCUCAACGUUACCCUGGGUGGCUGACGUGUUAGUGGACGCGCUGGCAUGUAUUCUCCGUAAUCUGAUUUUGGAGACCCACCCCACGGCUCUUGCCGUCUCCCGCCGUGUCUGGCCUCUGCUCUUGCAACAGGUACCCCCCUCCAGGGUUGCAUCUCUCACUUGCCCCGUGAUUCAACACUGGUACCAGCUCAUCGCCACACCGCCUGGUGGCUCCCUUAACACCUCCCUCCUCUUUGCCACAUCGGCACCUGCAGCUCAAGGGACAGCCAGCAGAGGAAUGGGGACUGAGGGAAGGGGGAGGGGAAGGGUUAGAAGGGGAAGGGGAAAGGGCAAGGGGAAGGAGUUGGAAGGUGUAGCAGCAGGAUCUAGUGCAGGGAGCUCUGCUGCUGCUGGCAGUGCGCUAGGGAGCGGUGGUAGUGGGGUGGUGGUGGUAGGGGCUGAAGGCGAGAGUGCAGCUGUGCGCAUGAGAGUGGACACAAGCCAAGCCAUGGGGCUGCUGCUUUCCUUCUGGCCUGUUGACCAGCUAGAAGGUGGAGUAACCCCGUUGAUAUCCCUCCUGGGGUCCGUGGCUGCCACACAGAAGCAGGUUGGUGCUUUGAUCAUUGCUGCUUGGUUCAGGGAGCUUGAGAGGCGGGAGCUGGGGAAAACGGAGAUGGAGCAAACUGACAAGCAGCAAACAUUGCAGAAGCCGAAUCAGCAGCAGCAGCAGCAGCAGCAGCAUGCGUCAGCCCUUAGCUCUCUACCUGGUCUUUCUUUGGUGCGACCAUCUCCUCCUGUUACAAAACUGCUGACCCAUUUGAUGGCUCUCCUCUCUUCUCCCGAUGCUGGCCAAAGCUACGAGGAGCUCUCUCGAACCUACAACAAGCUCCGAGCCGAAGCUAGUGCUUUGAUCAGCCAUGCCCGAGCUCUGGGGCUAGCAUCAGACACGAUUAGUUCGGCGCUUACACGAGCCGGCUGUGUUGGCUCGGCAGUUGCUCUAGAUAGUAGUACAGCAGGAGAAGCGGGAGGGAAGGGAGGAGGGGAAGAAACUCAUUUUGACAGAUUGAGUCCUGAGGGUGCGUUGGAACUGGCAGGGGCCUUGGCUGGGCUUGCUGGGACAGAGACAUGGGAGGUGGAGAACAGGGAUGCACCUGGUGGUGUGGCUGGUGGAGUUGGGGGAGGGAGAGGGGAAGGAGUUGGAAGGGGAAGGGGAAGAGGAAGAGGCAGGGGAAGGGGAGGAAGUGAGGGAGGGAGAGGAGCUGAGAGGCAACAGGAGCCACAGCAGCAGCAAUGCGUGGGGGAUUUGAUGGAAAGCUGCAGGCGGAGAUUGCUGUCCACUGCGACUUACCUCAAAACUGUGGAGGCCAACAUGCACACAUCUGUCACAGCAACAGUGGCGACAGCAGCAGUACGAGUUGGCCCAAGUCUGCCUUCCAAGCUCAACCCCAUCAUACAACCACUCAUGGCUGCACUCAAGCGAGAAAGGGAGGAGCUUCUGCAGCAGUGUGUGGCGAGCGGCCUCGCAUCUGUCAUCCUGCGCUCCUUGGACCGCCGCCCUUCCCCCAACGAUAGGCUUCUCAAGAAUCUAUCUACACUCGCCUGCUCCGACCCCUCUCAGUGCCCACCACCCUCUGAUGCCAAUCGGGAGGCGGAUGACCCCCUGGAUCCCACCCUCGCUAUGCCUGCUCCGGCUGGAGCAGGGGGACCAGCUGCAAAAGUAGCAGCUGGUGUGAUUGUAAAAGGGGAAGGGGCAGCAGGGUCGCUGGAAGCCAUGAUUGGCCGCAGAGGUGCGGAGCUGUCGUUCAGAGCCUUGGCGGACAACCUUGGCCCAGGCCUUUUUACAAAGCUGCCGAAGCUGUGGGGUCUCCUCACUGAGGUUUGGAAGCCCGGAGAGUCAGAGGGAGGUGGUAGCACAGGGAAGUGCGAUGAGGGAGAACUUUUCAAAGCAGAUCCACUGGCACUAGUCAACACCUUUCAACUCAUCCGGUGCCUAGCCCUUGUCCUCCACACGUCCCUAAUCCCCCAACUGCUCCUCCUCCUUCCACCAGUUCUCUGUUGCACUCGCCAUACCCAUGCUGCUGUCCGAUUCGGCUCAGCCCAGUGCCUGGCAGCACUUGUGUCUCUUCCGUCAGCAGAUCAAACUGUUCUCUCCGCCAUUCUCACUCAUGUCAUUCCUCAGCUCACCAACACACUCUCUGAACCAGCCCGUCGCGGUGCAGCAAGUGUUGUUUCCUCGUUAGUCAAUACCCAAGGCGAGAUGCUAGCACCAUACGCUGCACUCCUAGUCGUUCCCCUCCUAGCUCGGAUGUCCGACCCUAGUCCACAGGUGCGGCAGCUGGUGACGCAGAGCUUUGCCAGGCUCGUGCCUCUACUGCCGCUGGCCCGAGGGCUGCCUUUACCAUCGUUUUUGGAUAAGGAAGGUGCGAGGAAGGCCCGGGAGGAUGCCCGGUUCCUGGAGCAGCUUCUGGAUAAUCGCAAGGCGGAUGAUUACCAGCUGCAAGUGAAGCUGUCGGUGACGCUGAGAAGGUACCAGCAGGAGGGCGUGAACUGGUUGGCCUUUCUGCGCCGCUUCCACCUGCAUGGGGUGCUGUGCGACGACAUGGGGCUGGGCAAGACCCUCCAGGCCUCCUCCAUGCUCGCCUCAGACACAAUCGAGCGCCAAGCUGCUGCCCGUGCAGCUGCUACCGGGCCGACUUCUGCUGGCGAUUGUGCUGCACCUGGUGCUUCUGGAUUCGGAAUUGCACCCACGCCCCUCCUCCCGUCUCUCAUCGUUUGCCCGCCCACGCUUGUUGCUCACUGGGUCUAUGAGAUCGAGAAGUACAUUCCUCCUGGGAUAUUCUUCCCACUGCAGUAUGCAGGCAGUGUUGCCGACCGGCAGAGGAUGCGGGGGCAUCUGAGAAAGCACAACCUGGUGGUAACCUCGUAUGAGGUGUUACGGAGCGACAUUGAUGAGCUGGCAGCCAUCACGUGGCGGUACUGUGUGCUGGACGAGGGGCAUCUGAUCAAGGGCGCCAAGACACGGCUGUCGCAGGCGGUGAGGCGGAUCAAGGCGGAGCAUCGGCUGCUGCUGACAGGCACUCCCAUUCAGAACAACGUCCUGGAGCUCUGGGCGCUCUUCGACUUCCUCAUGCCAGGAUUCCUAGGGACUGAGAAACAGUUCCAGGCGCGGUAUGGCAAGCCUCUACAGGCUGCAAGAGACCCCAAGUGCACUGCCAAGCAAGCAGAGGCAGGCGCUCUGGCCAUGGAGGCCCUUCACCGCCAGGUGAUGCCAUUCAUUCUGCGUCGCACCAAGGAGCAAGUGCUCUCAGACCUGCCGCCCAAAAUCAUCACCGACAGAUACUGCCAGCUCAGCACGCUGCAGCGACUACUGUACGCUGACUUUUCCAAGUCCCAUGCAUCAGAGGAGGUGGUGACAGCAGUAACGGCGGCAGGCGGGGGAGCAGAGGAAGGAGGAGGGGAGCAAGCUUCAACCCAUGUGUUCCAAGCGCUGCAGUAUCUGAGGAAGCUGUGCAGCCAUCCGUUACUGGUGCUGGACCCCUCCCAUCCCCGCCACGCAGCUGCUCUCACAGCAGUUGGGGCCACGGGGGCAGUAGCAGAAGCCGGGCAGAGAGGAGGCAGCAGCAGUGGUGCUGGCAGCAGCGGAGGGGAUGGUGUUGGGGACGUGCAUGACAUAGUGCACGCACCCAAGUUGGUUGCACUGAGAGAUAUUCUGCUGGAGUGUGGGAUAGGAGGAGGAGGGGAGGGUAAGAGUGGAGGGGAUGUGGGAGGUGAGGCCAGCGAGGGCAAUCACCGUGUGCUCGUGUUCGCCCAGCUUAAGUCAUUCCUUGAUAUUGUGGAGGAGGACCUCUUCAAGAAACACAUGCCUGGUGUGUCCUAUCUGCGCAUUGACGGGUCGGUGGAGCCGUCGCGGCGCUUUGACCUGGUCAAGGCCUUCAACUCAGACCCAACGAUUGAUGUGCUGCUCCUCACAACUCACGUCGGUGGCUUGGGGCUGAACCUAACAGCAGCGGACACAGUGGUGUUCUUGGAGCAUGACUGGAACCCAAUGCGGGAUCUGCAGGCCAUGGAUCGAGCCCAUCGCUUAGGCCAGAGGCGGACGGUGAACGUGCACAGAGUGAUAAUGGCGGGCACACUGGAGGAGAAGGUCAUGGGGCUGCAGCGCUUCAAGCUCUCCAUAGCCAACGCGGUGGUCAAUGCUGACAACGCCAGCCUCAAAUCAAUGGACACGUCGCAGCUCUUAGACCUCUUUAAUGCUGGCCCUCCUGCUGCCAGUGCUGGUGCUAAGCAGAAACCAGCAGACUCGUCUUCAGAUGCAGCUCUGGCAGCAGCUGGAGGAGGGAAGGGACUGAAAGCUGUGCUUACAGGCUUGGAAGAUUUAUGGGAUGAGUCACAGGCUUACGUCAGCAUGAAGACGAUCCUAGCGUCCGAGACGAUGGACAUUCCUAAGGACGUGAAGCUGGAGAUUAAGGCGAAGAAGGUCCGCGUGACUGGGCCACGUGGCAAGCUGUUUAGGGACUUCCGCCACCUGAACCUCGAUUUCCAAAUCGUCGAGGAAGGGACGAAGCUUAAGGUCGAUGCGUGGUUCGGCACGCGCAAGACGAUGGCGUCGAUUAGAACGGCCAUCAGCCACGUGCAGAAUCUGAUCAAGGGCGUGACGGUGGGCUUUAAGUACAAGAUGCGCCUGGUGUACGCUCAUUUCCCCAUCAACUCGAGCAUCAGCAGCUCCGCCGACAACAUUGAGAUCCGAAACUUCCUUGGCGAGAAGAAGGUGCGUAAGGUGGCGAUGCUGGAGGGCGUGACGAUAACGCGGUCGGAGAAGGUGAAGGACGAGCUCAUCCUCGAGGGCAACGACAUCGAGCUCGUCUCCCGCUCCGCCGCGCUCAUCAACCAGGUGUGCCAUGUGAAGAAGAAGGACAUUCGGAAGUUCCUGGAUGGCAUCUACGUGAGCGAGAAGGGCAACGUUGUGGAGGAGGCCUGA